UCUUUUUAUCAUAUUAAUUCAGUUUUUUCGUUGCCAUAAAUUAGUAUAUCACAACUUUGAUUUUUUGAGCUGUGAGCUACACUCACAAUGCCUCUCGCCCCUUUUGCCAAUGGGCCAUUUACGCAAGCUAACAUCAAUCCUCUCACUGAAGAGGUGGAUGAUGACAUGUCUGUCGAUGCUCCAGACUUGAAAAAUGAUGUCAGUAUGUGUGAAAUUGAAAUCAAAGAGCAUACAAGAAAGGGAGAAAAGGCCAAUCCAGGACAUUUUGAGUUAUUAAAAGUUCUUGGUCAAGGUUCUUUUGGAAAAGUGUUUUUGGUGCGCAAAAUCACAGGUUGGGAUAAAAGUCAACUAUAUGCCAUGAAGGUCCUCAAGAAGGCAAAACUAAAGGUUCGUGAUAGAGUGCGUACAAAAAUGGAGAGAAAUAUCCUUGUAGAUGUCAAUCACCCAUUCAUUGUGAAGGUCUAUUAUGCCUUUCAAACAGAAGGAAAUUUGUAUCUCGUUCUUGCAUUCCUGAGAGGAGGGGAUUUAUUUACGAGGUUGUCGAAAGAGCUCAUGUUUACAGAAGAUGAUGUUAAAAUUUAUCUGGCCGAACUUGCGCUAGCCCUGGAUCAUUUACAUUCAUUAGGUAUAAUUUAUCGUGAUCUGAAGCCUGAAAAUAUUUUACUUGAUAUUGAUGGUCACAUUGCUUUGACUGAUUUUGGCCUUAGUAAAGAAAGUAUAGAUGGAGCUGAAAAGGCAUAUUCAUUCUGCGGUACUGUGGAAUAUAUGGCUCCAGAAGUUGUUAACAGAAGAGGACAUGACAAUUCAGCUGAUUGGUGGUCUUUUGGGGUCCUGAUGUAUGAGAUGUUAACUGGACAGCUACCAUUUCAGGGGAGAGAUAGGAAGGAGACUAUGACACAAAUAUUGAAAGCAAAAUUGGCAAUGCCUCAAUUUCUCAGCCAUGAUGCACAAAGUCUGUUAAGGAUGCUCUUUAAGCGCAAUCCCACUAAUAGGUUGGGUAGUGGACCAGAUGGCGUAGAAGAGAUAAAACGCCAUUCAUUUUUUGCAUCCAUCGAUUGGAACAAGCUUCUGCGAAAAGAAAUCGAUCCACCAUUCAAACCAGCUGCAACUCGAGCUGAAGAUGCUUUUUACUUUGAUUCAGAGUUUACUUCUCGAACACCGAGGGAUUCACCUGGUGUGCCCGCGAGUGCUGCCGCACAACAACUUUUCAGAGGAUUCUCAUUUGUUGCUCCUGUUUUUGAAAAUGAUGAAGUCAAGCCAGUGGAAACAGGCAUUACUAAUAACAAUAAAAGUGAUCGCGAUCUUGCAGGAACUGCACUGCUGACCAACAGGCUCACCCAGUCACCAAAAACCUUCUACGAUGAAUAUGAGGAAAGAGAAGAAAUUGGCAUUGGCUCUUAUUCUGUUUGUAAAAGAUGCUUUCACAAGAAUACCAAGAAAGAAUAUGCUGUUAAAAUUAUUGACAAGAGCAAGCGGGAUUGUGAGGAAGAAGUGCAAAUUUUACUCAGAUAUGGACAACAUCCCAACAUCAUUACUUUGAAAGAUGUGUUUGACAAUGGACAACAAGUUUUUCUUGUGACAGAGUUAAUGAAAGGUGGAGAGCUUCUUGACAAGAUUCUGAGGCAGAAAUUCUUUACAGAGCGUGAAGCAUCUGCUGUUAUGCGCACCGUGACUAAAACAGUCGAGUACAUGCAUAAAAGUGGUGUGGUGCACAGGGAUUUAAAACCAAGUAACAUAUUGUAUGCGGAUGAAGUGGGAAACCCAGAUUCUCUGAGGAUUUGCGACUUUGGUUUUGCAAAGCAACUACGACAUGACAAUGGUCUUCUGAUGACACCUUGUUAUACUGCAAACUUCGUUGCUCCUGAGGUAUUGAAAAAGAAAGGAUAUGAUGAGGCAUGUGAUAUUUGGAGCUUGGGAGUGCUACUUUUUACCAUGCUCUCUGGCUACACACCUUUUGCCAAUGGCCCUGAUGACACUCCAUCAGAUAUUCUGAAAAGGAUUGAGGCUGGAAAGUUCAGUUUUUCUGGUGGAACCUGGAAAAGUGUUUCUGAUUGUGCCAAGGAUCUUGUUCGUCGUAUGCUGCACAUUGAUCCAAAUAGACGCCUCUCGGCUUCACAAGUCUUGCUUCAUCCAUUUAUCUCCAGACCUGACCAGUUACCAGAAUAUCAGCUCAAUCAAGGCCGAGACGUAAAGAGUGUUAAAGGUGCGAUGUCAGCUAUGUUCAAUGCUGCUCGAUCUCACAAGCCUCUCAACCUGAAUCCAGUUGGCGCUUCGUUUCUUGCUCAACGACGAGGACAAAAGAAGGUGACUUCGACCGCUUUGUAGAUUCAUGAAGAUAUCGUUGCUCAUCAACGCAGAUGCAAUUUUGUACAUGUUUGGAAGACAUUUGACAAUCCAAGUUUCAAUAUAAUUUUCUUUGUUUCGGAUUAGAGAAACUAUUGGAGUAUUGUUUUUCAACAGCUCCAGAGUUCCAAUUUACUUGCUUUUCUAAACUGCCUUUCAUACAGUGUGUAUGUAUGUAUUUGAUUUGCUUGAUUUAAAGUGUAAAAAUGCAGUUGUACAUUAAUCUUGCAUAGCAGCUUAAUCAAUAAAACAGUUUAAUAUAUACACUCUACUAAUUGUCACAACUUUUGUUGGUUUUCUAUGUUUUCCAUUGCCAGCAUUGUGGUUUAAAGAUUCAGUGUCUUUCUAGUUCAGUAUAAUAUUUUUGUUUAAUUGAUAAUAUUAUGUUCCACAGCAUUGACAUCAUGUUAUUUUCUGCACUUUUGUUCUAUGGUAUAGUUGAUUUCAUACCAAAUGCAUAUAUGGAUGUUGCUUUUUUUGCUUUCAUGUGCCACUGAUGCAUAUUUUUUUGUAGAAUUUACUUACGUUCAGCUCAUUUUAGGCAAACUACUUUUAGUGGCAAUCGGAAUGUAACUUUUGAUCACUAUUGAUCUCUAAAAACAAUACCCAUUAUGAAAUGGCCUUAUAAAUUAAGUAAAAAAAACAAUAAGUAAAAAAACGGUAAAAAUAUUCUUAUCAAGAUUCUGGGAACAGUUUAAGAUUAAUGUCACUAAUAAUGAUUCAGACUCACUUCCACAAUCUAUUGCCCUUAGCAUUUUGCAGAAGUUACAUUCCUAAUGUAGAAUAAACCUUUAACCAUGUAAUAUAAUUGUUAUUUCGCUUCAUGUAAAUUUGCAAAACUAAAAAUUAUACUUGAAUUUUUCUUUUCUGAAAUGGUAAAUAUGAUGCUAAGAAUCGCUGUAGAUUGUUUCUUGGACUACCACAAUAUUUGUUAGUGAGGGCGAAGCAUAAAUUUACAUAACUAACCCCAUUAUAGUACAUUCGAAUAUAUUAUUUGGAUUUUUUGCAUCUUUGUCAACCAUGUGUAGAAAAUUAACUUUUUGUUUACCAGUAUAUUCGAAUUGGUUGAUUAUUUUCGAUGCACUGUUCUUUUUGAAAUAGAGUUACGAUCAGUAGAAGUUUGUUUUACUUUUAAUGAGGUACUUUUCUUGAUUAAAACAAUGAAAUUCAAUAAUUUUCUUUAGAAAUUUAGCUUUGUUAACCAUAGCAUAUGUAUAUUGUACCAUAUACUGUUUUAUUUUUGUGCUGAUGUGUUGUCAUUAUUUGCACCCCUGUCCUUGUUAUAUGGUUGUAGUCCUCCAUGUAUUAAAACAUGAAGAGGACACUAAUUCAGAUAUUGUUUUUGUUGGUAAUAUACAUGAUUUGCAUCAAUGCUAAAUUACUGAUUUUAGUGUUUUUUCAUAAAAAUUUUGCUAAAUUUGAGAAUUUAUUGGCAAAAAAAGUUCCAACCCUUCCAUGCUUCAACUUAGUUCACAAAAAUUUGCAGCAUUGUUUUAUUAUUAUUUGAAUCCUUUGUCUCCAACUUUUCCUUUGCUAUUGAUAGAAGGACCAAAAAAUUAAUUUACAUAUUUUUGAAAACCUACCAGGUGAUGCCUCAAUAUAACACUUGUACAUUAUAAGACAAUGGAUGUGUCAGAGGCUUACCAAGUACCUCAUCACCUCUGCUGGUUACCAAAUCAUAUCAAUGGUUUUGAUAAUGGCUUUGUAACUGCUUGUGUGUGCUGCCAGUUUGAUGAUGAUUUGCUGUAUCUUUUGAGAUUUAUAAUAAUCAAGUCAAAUUAUGCGUUAUUAAUAUUUUGUAUUUAAUGAAUAGUAGAUAAUUUUUGUUUUUGGCUUUCGUUUUUUUUUUUUUUUUGGAGAAAAUGUAUUAUCUGGUCAUGCCCAAUUGUGUAUCAUAGGAUUUUAUAGCACAUUUCUCUAAGAUCCUAUCAAAUGAUGAUGCACAUGUAAAGAGAAUACAUUUUCUACCUCGCCAGGCAUACUUUGGUACCUGUUAUGAUAUACAUACCACAUAUAAACUUAUAAGCGUUAUUGUAGUUGAUUUGUAAUUAUAUCAUUUCAAUCUGAUUUAUCAUCAGUUCAAUGAGAUAUGUACGACUUAUGUGCUUAUUUCCGCCCAGGUUGGUUUAAGGAUCAAGUUGAUCGACCUUUAAUUAUAGUUCUGUUUUGGAAUUUUAAUUUGCAAACAGUUAACUCAACAAUUAUUCUGUCAGCUGUGUGAAUAUUGUGUAUGAUUUUUGGAAAUAACUAAGCCCAAAAUACAAUCACUAACAACAAAU